AUGGUCCGCUCGGACAAGAAAUGCGAUGGGUGUUGGACAUGUCGACUUCGCCGAAAAAAAUGCGAUGAAGCACGACCUGAAUGCGCCAAUUGCACUGGACUACAAAUUACUUGCCAUUAUGGCGGGCUGAAACCCGAUUGGCUUGAUGGAGCUGAGAAGCAAGAGGCUAUGGCUACCAAAAUCAAAUCUCAGAUCAAACAACAAGCCGGCUAUCGUCGAGAGAGACAUCACGCUUCUGCAGUAUCCAUGAACUUUGCGGCGACCGCCCAAGGAAGGGAAGAUUCCGAAUUCGUCAAUCUCAUCCCGAGACAUGACCUCUCUUCAAAUGAACCGAGAUCCCAUAUUGAUGCGACGUGGCCAAAUGCGGCAGUCAAAUUAGGAUACGAUAGCCAAGACUCGAUUAGAGUCGACCCGAGUACACACAAAGUUCCCGAGACUCUACCAGGAUUCAACUUCGCAAGUAGUCCCCAGUUGGAGUCCAGGCCUGGCUUAGAGACGCUCUCGUCUUGGGGAGAAGAUGAGAUGAACCAUCUCAUGAGAUACUUGGAUCAUGUGUUCCCGUUUUUAUUCCCAUUCUACCGAACCAGUCUGCUUGAUCCCGGGCGCGGUUGGAUCUUCCAAUUUGUUGCACAGAGCCGAGUCGCUUUUCAUUCAGUAAUCGGUGUAAGCGCUUAUUUUUUCAGCGUUGCUUUAAGUGAAAAGUAUUCAGGACGCGAGCAUGAAAUGUGCAAGACAGUAGUCUGGUCCAAACUCAUACAACAAGCGGAUAUGUGCUUCGAUAUGUUGCAACAGGAUAUACAAGAGCUGAACGAUCGGGGCGAUGAAGCAGAUCUGUUAGAUAAAGUGCGAGUCAUGGAGAGUAUUGUCCAAUUUCUCAUUUUCGAAACAGCAGUAGGAAGGUCGGCCAACUGGGGUAAUCAUUUAUCGCCUACCGUCGCUCUCUUCCGGGACAUAUUACAAAAUCACGGUGUGAACAAUUCAGUAUCUCCAUUAGUCGAUAUUCUGAGCAAAAUUGCUCAGCGUCCGUUGUAUGCCCUCAAGAAAGACCAUUAUGUUUGGGACAACAGACAAGAAUGCUUUCGGUUCUUCGCCGGUAUUCUUCUCUUCAUUGACAUUAUAGCGAGCACCUCUCUCGGAUGGCCACCACAGCUACUGGAGUAUCAUCCACAGUUUCUCACCAACGCAGAUGAUGGAGAAUAUAUUAAGGGUGAGACUACUAUUCGGCUAUCUCGACUUGUCGGCUGUCACAAUUGGGCCAUUCGUGUCGUUGCAGAGAUCUCAGCCUUGGAUGCCUGGAAAAAGGAGAACCAGAGAACGGGCAGCUUUUUUGGGACAGAAUUGGCUGAACGUGCACGCCACAUUGAUCAAAUUCUUGAGGAGGGUAUGUCACAUGUGGAUAAUGAUCGCACCACUGAUACAGUAACGUCGACAAAGAUCUGGGCUUACGCGGCAAAAAUAUACCUCGCCGUAGUUAUCUCCGGGUGGCAGCCAAUGUUGCCAGAGGUGCGGUCUGGUGUAGCACAUGCGCUUCAUUUAUUACAGACAGUGGUUGGUUCCUCACACUUGCGAGUACUCGCCUGGCCGCUCUGUGUCGUUGGUUGCAUGGCUGAGCGCGCUCAGGAGCAACCCUUUCGAAAUCUCUUCUCCGAGUUGGAUAAGACCGCUUUGAUUGGGAUAUUGGGCGAGACACUUCGCGUCAUGGAGAGCGUUUGGAAAAAUCGAGGAAACAUGAGCAGCGAAAUGUGGGAUGUAGAGGCAUGCUUGAAUGUUUUCGGCACACCAGUUCUACUGGCGUAG